AGUAACAAGUAAUGGAAAAUCUAAUCCCUAUGCGCAAUCUUUUAACUUUGCUAUUUUUCUGCACACUCGUUCCUCUGUUUUCCAGACAAUCGAUUGCAGCCGACACCAUAAAAGCAGGGCAAUCCAUUAAUGACACCCAAUUUAUUGUUUCAGCCGCCCAGAAGUUUGAAUUGGGAUUCUUCACAGAGCCCGCCUCCAAUUUCAAGUAUUUAGGAAUAUGGUACAAGAACAUUUCCGAGACAGUCGUUUGGGUGGCAAACAGAGACAACCCAAUUGUAAACUCCUCUGCCACUUUAAGUUUCACUAGAGAUGGAAACUUGGCCCUCUUCAAUCAAACAGGUGCAGCUUUUUGGUCUUCGAAUUCGACGAAAUCAGUUGAAAACCCUGUUGCCCAGCUGCUGGGUACUGGCAAUUUGGUGCUGAGAGAUUCUGGGUCUGAAAUUCCUUUGUGGCAGAGUUUUGAUUAUCCCUCUGAUACUCUGUUACCGGGCAUGAAACUCGGGUGGGACUCCAAAACGGGUCUGGACCGGAAGUUAACAUCGUGGAGAAGUCCAAACGAUCCAUCGCCUGGAGAGUUCAGUUACAGCGUUGACACGGAUGGGCUUCCUCAACUGGCCAUUCGUAAAGGAAACAAGAUGAUUUAUAGGGGCGGGCCAUGGUUCGGUCCUGGUUUUGCCCAGGGUCGCUCAAAAGGGAGCAGAGAUUACACCCCCAUUUUCGUCUAUAAUGCUUCAUUUGAGAUAUCAUAUUCAUAUAAUGAUCCAACGAAUGGCCGCUCAAGAAUCGCGUUGGAUUCAACUGGGUCCGUUACACACUUAACGUGGAGCGGUGUGGCAUGGCAGAAAGCAUACGCGCUUGCAGCAGUCGGUUGCGACAACUACAAAAUAUGUGGAAAUUUUGGUUAUUGUAGUUUGGGAGUAACGGUAACUUGCGUUUGUUUAGAUGGGUUUGAGCCGAAAACAGCCCAAAAGAGUUCAGAUGGGUGCGUGAGAAAGGAUCAAGAGAUCUGCAGAGCCGGAGAUGGAUUCAAAAAUAUAAGUGAUGUGAAAUGGCCUGAUUCCAGAGGGGAGUUUGUGAAACUAAAGAUGGGUAUUCAAAAUUGCGAGGAGGAGUGUUUGAGAAAUUGUUCUUGCUUAGCCUACGGAAGAGUGGAAAUUCCCAACAUUGGCCACGGCUGCGUAACAUGGUUUCACGAAUUGAUUGAUUUAAGAUAUGCUGGAAACCCUGGAAUUGGAGAUGAACUCUUUGUGAGAGUGGCCGCUUCUGAAUUGGAACUAGAAACCACUAUGAUUGUGAACAGGAAAUCCAAGAGCAAGCUUAUAGUUGCUGUAGUUGUACCAACAAUAAUGGUUUUGGCAUUAAUCAGCUGGUUUAUCAUUAGGAAUGUAAGAAGAUCUAUAUCAGAAAAUGAAGUUACCAUUAUUGAGGUUCCAAUUCAAGAGAUUGAACUUGAGAUGCCAAUUACUAUGAUUGAAGUUGCGACUAAUAAUUUCUCUCUUUCCAAUAAGAUAGGGGAAGGUGGCUUUGGACCAGUUUAUAAGGGCAAGCUUCCAUCUGGACAAGAAAUUGCAGUAAAAAAACUAGCAGAAAGCUCUCGCCAAGGCCUACAUGAGUUUAAAAAUGAGGUCCUUGUCAUUUCUCAGCUUCAACAUCGAAAUCUUGUCAAACUUCUUGGUUUUUGCAUCCACGAGGAAGAAACAUUACUUAUUUAUGAAUACAUGCCAAACAAAAGUUUGGACUACUUCCUUUUUGAUGACGAAAGGCGUUCCUUACUCAAUUGGUCCACAAGAAUUGACAUCAUAAUUGGCAUAGCUCGAGGUCUUCUGUAUCUUCAUCGAGAUUCUAGACUUAGAAUAAUACACAGAGAUCUUAAAGCAGCCAAUAUUCUAUUAGAUAGUGAAAUGAAGCCGAAAAUUUCAGACUUCGGCGUUGCACGCAUGUUUGGAGAAGAUCAAUUGGGAACGAAAACAAAAAGAGUUGUCGGGACAUUUGGCUACAUGUCUCCGGAGUAUGCAAUUGAUGGUUACUUUUCAUUCAAAUCUGACGUUUUUAGCUUUGGAGUUAUGGUUUUAGAAAUUGUUAGCAGCAAGAAAAACAGAGGUUUCUUUCACUCCGAUCAUCAUCUAAAUCUUCUUGGACAUGCAUGGAAACUUUGGACAGACGAGAGGGCCUUGCAAUUAGUAGAUGCAACAUUGAAGGAUCAAUUUCAAGAAUAUGAAGCAUUAAGAUAUAUAAACAUUGGGCUUUUAUGUGUUCAAGGGCGUCCAGAAAAAAGACCAAUUAUGUCAUCUGUGCUUUCAAUGAUAGAAAAUGAUAACUUUUUGUUAAUCCCUCCCGAGCGACCUGGAUUUUACGGGGAAAGAUUUGUAUCUAAUCUUAAUUUACCACGAGGAGAUCACCUAACUUCUACUUCAAAUGAUGCUACACUUACAUUCUUAGAUGGUCGUUAGAUGGUCGUUAGUGAACCUCUAAAUUCAACAGCUCAUCGGAAAUAUAUUGAUUUGUAAAUUAAAUUUUGUAGCUGAAGUAUGGAAAAAUUAACUAGCUUUGUUCCUAUCAAAUGGAUGAGCUUCACUUGUUUUUUUGUUAUUAUUAUUUAAUAACAAUAAAAGAGAUUAUGUAACUUUUAGUUAUUAUUAUAUCUG